AUGCUCUGGUUCACUGCAUUGCUGGCCUGUUUCACGAUCAUGGGUUUAUCCCCUGCUGUUCAAGCCCAAAUCAAAGCAGCUGGGCAGAUUGAACGGUGUUUGCGAGAUGGAAGCCUGGAGCCCAAUUGCGAGCGUAAGAUGGUUCUCAAUCUUGGCGUCUUGGGCAGCACGGGCGGUGGCGAGUAUUAUCACCUCACCCAGUCUCGCACGGAGGAUGGGGCCAUCAGCGACAGCGAGAAUGAGUUUAUCAUUGUGGUGCAAAAAACCAGUGUAUCGAUUGAAUACCCCCUGCGUUACCGUGGUGUAGUCAACAACAAACCCUACGAAAUCGCUCAACCCGUUCAAACCCUACUGGGUGGCCUCUUUGGCUCAGGAGACAAGACGGGAUGUAAAGACAGUCCGUACCACUCCAGUCCCAGCUGUGGCUGGCUCAUUGAUGGGGGUGGCAAGAAAGUGGAAGGCUCCCAAGGCUUUUGCUGCCGCUGCUCCACAGCAGACCAGCUGGGCAUUGGCAUGCCCACCGACAGCUAUCGGGCCAAUUUGGACUGCGGCCUCUUUGGCAAAGGCCAACAAAGCGCGCAUUGCUUCAGAUACUCGGAUGAGCUUUGGUACGGCGUCUAUGAUUUUGAUCCGGGCCACAUCCGCUUCAAGGUGUACGUCUCCAUCUACCGCAAGUACGCUGUGGGUCCCGGCUACAGCCAUGCCACACAGGAUGAUGUGCCGGCUGCCAGCCCGGAUUGCACCGUGGAAUUGCCAGACGAGUACGCCGACUUUCGCUGUCAGGGCGUCUUGGAGGUGGGACCACAUCUACGCGGGGGUCUAACGAGCGACGGUGCAGUGUCCGUCGUCUUUGGCGGGGACUUUGCCACGCCUGUGCAGUUGCGUGACAUGAGCUCCAAAACCUUGCUGGCUCCCAUUUUGGAGACGGUUGACAACUGGCAUACCCACGAGCAGACCAAGGAUGGAAUGGACACCUACCUGGUCGUGGACAAGUCGGACAUUGACAUGACGGGUUCCACCUGCGACAAGAUCGGCGUGGAGCCCCUAGCCUUUUACUUGCAUGGCAAGGGCGGAGGCUGCGGCGUCAGCGAGGGCACGUGCUUGAAUAAUCAGCCGCGCGACUUCUUUCUCGCCGAUCAGGCCCUGGUCAACGCUGGUAAGCGACCCUUUAACCUUCUCUCUGCCUACAAUCCGUAUGGGUUUGCCCAGGUUGAGGAUGACGAGGAAAGCCGGUAUGGCAUCCGCUUUCCAGUGGAGCAGCACAUUAGCAGCAUCACCAUCUCUGUCAAUGCUGAUGACCUCACCGUUUACACGGCUGUGUGCCGCGACAUGACACUGGCGCUCGGCUCACCCAAUUUCGAGGCUCUCUCUGGAAACGGCUUUAUAUUGGCCAACAUCUAUUCCAACUGUCCCAACAUGACGGCCCUUGUGUCUGUGAGCGUCAUUUGUCAUGGCAACGCGCGAGGCUCAGCCAGCUAUGAGCGCGAAAUCACGUCCUUUAUCCAGCUUCAGCUCCCCAUUUACGUGGUCAGCGAGGAAGCUGGCGAUCACUUUUGUGACGUCCUGGUCUUCGAUGCCGUCGGCUACCUUGUUGUCAAUAAAAGCGUCACCUUUUCCACGUCCGCCGUCUGCUAUUGUCUGGGGGGCUGCGACUGUGACUGUAACAACACCGUUGUGGAGGACUGUGUGGAAGACUUUAAUCCUGAAAUUGAUGACGAGGUCACCUCCGGCGGCGGCUUUGGCCUGGGUGACCUCUUUGAUGCCCUGCAUCUCAGCUGGGCCACAGGCUUGGCCCUAUUCUCGUCCUUGAUUUCGCUCAUCCUGCUGUGCGCUGUUGUCUAUCUCAUGCGCAUGUGCUGUCCGGAGCGCAUGUGCUCGCACCGCCAUGCCUGGACUGAGCCCGCCGUCGCGACCGGCGAGCCCGCAACCGGUUACGUUGGCCCUGUCAAAGGCACAUCCUCUCCUGCGCUGUAUGCCAGCCCCCCACACCCCCGACCCGCGCCAGACGGCGCUGAAGAUGCAGCAACCCACAAUGCACGGGCCUCGAGGGUGCGCCAAGGAGGCCGAGCCCUACGGCAGGCGGCACUGGCAGCUGGCACUGCUGUGGGGGCUGCUUGUGGGCAUUUGUACCGCUGGAGUGCGGCUCGCUGGGCGGCCCGGCAUCGAGCUGCUGCGCGCGCAUCCCUGGGCGCCGAACCAGAACAUCGCCGCACCCACGGCCCCACUGUCUCCUGGACUCGACCCGAAGCGGCGCCAGGCAACGAGCUCGCGCUGAUGAGCCCCCGAUUGGCCAUGAGUAUGCCAGCACAAUUGGAGAGCGUCCCCCCGCCAUGGACUCCAGAUUUGAGUCCGUCCUUGCUGCCCCCGAGCCCCGUGAUGCAUGAUGCGCCAGCAUUGCCGCUCCCGCCCGUACCCCCGCCCCCACCCUCGCGACCACUUUUACCAUCGCAAUCACCCAUUCCCAAGAGCAUGAGCCAAAUGUCACAAGCCAGUUUAUCAGUGGGGACGAGCGGCGAGCUGGGUCGACGGAGCAGCUUCCCUGAUUUGCGUGAGCCUAGUGUGCUGGGCCGUUUUGUGGAUCGCUGGCGCCCGUCCCCUGCGGCCACCGCGGGCUCAACCAAUCCCGGUGCAGUUUCGGUGUCGGUGUCGCAGAGCAGCUUUUGGCAGGAAGAUGAUUUGGCUUGCCGCUCCAGCACACGUGCCAACGCAACCCAGCCUCUGCCCGCCUUUACUCGACAGCAAUACCCGUACUCUAGACAGCGUACGCAGCGACGACAGACGCAGGUGUUGGCGCGGCUGUUGCAAGCGGAUCAGACACGGUUGAUGGUUGAUGGCGGCGAUGACGGCACGUUUGUGCUGCAUGGCUUGCUUGAACCCGCAACACCAGGGUCGGGCUUGUAUGAAUUUCACCCAGCCAAUACUGCAAGCAUUGAACAAUCAACGGUGCGUAACCUCCUUUCUUUGACCCACUCGCUGGCUGAUGGCAUCAUGUUACAUGGUACAUGGUCUCACUGCUGCGCGCAAUUGCCGGCCACCUGUGUAGGUGAUGACGCUCGCCGAUCUCACAGCUCGACUGGCCGGAACGCUGCACGGCAGCAGCCCCAAGCAGCAACCAACCAGCUGGCCUACCACGAUCCUCCUCACUCUCGAAGAAGUCGUCGGCUUUGUCUCGUGUAA